AUGGUAACUACUGACACUAGUAAUUCUAAUCUGAACACUUCACAAUCGAUUAUUUUUCAUUCAUCAAAAUCUACUCAAACUCAAACAAAUCAUAAUAAGCAACAUUCAACCACUUAUCCACUUUAUUGUUUUUCUGUAAAAGAUGGACAAAUAUUACCUCUUAUAUUUUCAUCACUUUCAUCUUCAAAAGCCAUUCCAAUAAUGAAAAAAGUCAAUUCAUUAUUUUCGCUGUGUAUUAACAAUGAAAAGUCCGAAUAUUGUCAUCCUCCUGUUAAUUCAUCGAUUCCACCGCUAACAGCUGAUAUCUAUUCUCGUUCAUCUUAUCGUCCAACUAUUGCAUCAAUUAAAAGUUCAAAUUCAAAUACAAUUUCAUUAAAAACAACUCAAAAUCUUAUGAAAGAUGACAUAUUAUCAAAAAUUCAUCGUCCUUCAUCAUCACUGCAUGAUACACGUAUAUGUCAUUUUGAUAAGCGUAAUUGCUUAAUUGAAUGUUGUCAUUCAUCAAAUAUAAAGAUGUAUCCAUCAAGUUUUUAUCGUUCUUCAAGUACAAAUACAAAUGCUUCUGAAGUUAUCUUUGCAGAAAGUACUUGUCAGUUAAUUAAACAAGCAUGGCUUUCAUCAAUAUCUGAUCAACACGUCAAGGUUUAA